AUGCAGCAGCGGCACAUCAGAUAUUCAGGGCUGGGAUACAACAAUAACUGUUUCUGGUACUUUAUAAGUGAUGUAGCUUUUGAAACUAAAAACCCUUCAAUUUGUCUUUUAACUUGUUUUGUUGAACCCCCUGGACAGGAGCCAAAUGAUCCACGUGCAACGGUAAAGGCGAAGAUCUUAUCACUAGAGCGAGACAUCUCUAAAAAAGAAGGCAAAGUCGAAGUAUUGAAAGCACAACUUGAAGGAAUUGAUGUAGAUGUAGAUAAACUCAUCGAUGAAAAUGUUAUUCUUAAAAUGGAAAUGAGCCAGGCAAAUAGAUUCCGAUGGGCUUGCGCAGUAAGAUCCAUAAUUGAAGAACUAGAGCAGCUGCACAGUGGUGGUGUAAAUCUAUCAAACGAGGAAGCAAAAGGUUCCAGUCCAAAGGAAAGGAGCAGACUUCAACGUCAGAAGAUGUGGGAAUGGAUAUUGGAUAAUAAAGAAAAGGAAUUUCAAAUCGGAGAUAUUCUUGAUAAUAACAAUAAAACAAAAUUGUUCGAGUCAAACAAAGACCUAGCAAAAGGAAUUUCCUAUGCUUACAUGUAUUUAUCGGAUAGGAUUCAUGCAUAUGCAUUUAAUAAUUAUUUUUACCUUGACGAUAAUGUACCUCUAAUAGAAGACAGAGAGGCUAGUAAGGCGAUCAAAGUCUUAACUUUCAACAAAGAAUUCCCUUAUAUACCACAGACAGCACAGGCUUAAACGUUGAGUAACGAAGAAAUAGGUAAGCUGCCUCCUGAACUGGAAUGAGGAAACCGUUAUGUUAUUGUAAAAAUUUAAUUUUUUAUUUUGUACCCAUUAAUACUUGAUUCGAAAAGACCUAGUUUGUAAGUAUGUACUAUUUUUCAAUUCAAACCUAUUGUGUACAUUUUGUUUUUAAUUAACUAUGAAAGGCAUUUAAUCUUAAAAUCCGAAUUUAAAGCAAUAAAACAAUCAAAACGAA